GUGGCAGUAGCUCAUCCCACUGCAUUUACUUAGAAUGAAAUUUGGAUCACUGAGUAGUUUGUUUUCAUUUUCACAACAAUUUCAUUAACUACUAAUUUGAAGCAACUGUCAAAAAGAGGAAACCAGAAGACUUCAGACAUUUUUGUAUAAUACCACCGGCUGGAAGGACUGUGCAGAAGAUGGAAAUAUCUGCUUAAUCUGAAGAAAUAUCACAGGUUUGAUCUCCAAGUUGACCAGAUGAUGAAGAAGGAAAAAAGCUGUUUAAGAUCCCUGUUUUAAAGGAGAAAUGUCAGCCUAUCAAUCACUUGGAACAACCAUGCCGGAUGAGAUGGAUGGGACCAAGCAAAAAGGAGAGAAUGUCACCUUCUAUGAUGACGGCAGGAAAUCGGAACUCAGAAUCAUCCUUGUUGGCAAAACUGGAGCUGGGAAAAGUGCAACAGGAAACUCCAUCCUUGGGAAAAGAAAGUUUGAGUCCAAACUCGGGGCAAAGUCAGUAACUUUGACUUGUGAAAAGGGGCAAAGGAGCUGGAAUGGGAGGGAGCUUGUGGUUAUUGACACACCUGCCAUUUUUGACCAAAAGGCUUUUGAGCCAGUAACAUCUAGAGAGAUUGUUCGCUGUAUCGCGCUCUCUGCCCCUGGCCCCCACGCUCUGCUGCUGGUGACCCAGCUGGGCCGUUACACUGAGGAAGACAAGUACGCAGUGAAGCGAGUACAGGAGAUUUUUGGAGUUGAAUCCAUGAGGCACAUGAUUGUCCUGUUCACCCGGAAAGAAGAUUUAGCGGUCAGCUCACUGCAUGACUACGUGAGAUACUCAGAUAACAAAGAUCUGAAGGGGCUGAUUCAGAAGUGUGGGGAUCGAUAUUGUGCUUUCAAUAACAGAGCAACCGGAGCAGAACAGGCUGAACAGGUUUCUGAGCUGAUUGAAAUGAUCCAGAGAACGGUUCAGGAGAAUGGGGGCAGGUAUUACGUCAGUGAGGUGUAUUUGGAACCUAAUUUAACGGAACAAAAAGUGAGGUAUCUUACUGGAAUAAAUAAAAGAACCAGGGUGACCACUCUGUUUACCAAGUAUAGGAAAGUUAUUUUGGCCUUUGGGGUUGCUGCAGUAGUUCUUAUUAUUGUACUUCUCCUGAUCUACCUUGUCACUGACAGUCAUCACCAGCAGCCUGGGAGGAGAGUGCCAAAACAAACCAACAGCACAGAGGAGCAGACGGCUGAAUCCAUUAUGGGAGGAAAACAAAGUUCACCAGAGUUUUAUCCUGGAUGGCAAACUGAAGAUGAAACGGGCCCAAGAACUGCCAGCCCGUGCACUGAGAUAUCCGAACUAAGGAUUGUUCUUGUUGGUAAAACUGGAUGUGGGAAAAGUGCAACAGGAAACGCCAUCCUCCGUGAGAAUCUGUUUGUGUCUAAAAUCACAGCACAAUCAGUAACAGUGACAUGUAAGAAGGAGAGCAGGGCUUGGAACGGCAGGGACAUUGCAGUCAUUGAUACACCUGGUCUUUUUGACACAAAAAUUCCUUUAAAAGAAACUAUGAAAGAAAUUGGGCGUUGUGUCCUAGUCUCUGCCCCAGGACCCCAUGCUAUAGUUCUGGUGAUGCAGCUGAGUCGUUUCACUGAAGAAGAGAAAAAAACAGUUGAACGAAUACAAGACAUUUUUGGGGAAAGAGCUGUGCAGUACAUGAUCUUCUUGUUCACCAGAAAAGAUGACUUAGGUGACACGACUUUAGAAAAAUAUUUAAAAGAUUUGGGUGACAAAGAUCUUGAGAAGUUGAUGCAAAAGUGCAAGAAUCGAUGCUGCGCUUUUAACAACAAAGCAGAAGGACAGGAGAAGGAAGACCAGAUUUCAGAGCUGAUUGCAAUGACUGAUAAGAUGGUGCAACAGAAUGGAGGCUCACAUUAUACUAAUGAGAUGUAUGAAUAUGCUCAGAAGAAACUUCAAGAAAAUAUCGAGGAGAAGAGAAAAUACUGUCAGGAAGAGAGGGAAAAAAAUAUAAGAGAAGUGAAAUCUUGGUAUGAUGAAAAAAUUAAGAAAAUAGAUGAGAAAUUUAAGAAAGAAGUCUCAAAUAAUGAAAACUGUUGGAAAAGAGAGAUAGACACCCAGAGACAAGAAAGGAAAAAAGCUUUAGAGAAAAUAAAUAUUCAAUACCAGGAACAGCUACGUGAACUCAGGGAAAGAGCUGCUGAGGAUGUUACUCUGAUACAAGAUAUUUUAGAAGCAUUCUCUUCUGUAUUUUCAAAAAUCAAAGGCUGGUUUUCUAAAUGAUUGACUUACUAUAAUUUCUCCUUCUCUUGCCACUUUGCCACUAGUGAUGAAUGGAGUUUGUGCUUUGUAACACUUUCACCUCCUCUUUUUUUUCUUCACAGAAGUUUACAGUUGUAUCAGCUUCUUAGUCAGCUUUGUACUGUCAUACCCUACAGCUAAUGCAUACAAGCUAUGAGUAAAUGAAGCCCUUAGCAUUUGGUCUUUAUUAACAACAUGUGUUGCUUCCAUUGAAGACUCUGGUUACAGCUCUUAGAUCUCUUCUGGACUAAAAGUUGGAAUAAGCUAGGGUUGAUGUAUUAUAUUAAUUGUGACUAAUAUUGCUGUCAAUAUGGUGGUAAAUGUAGACCGUAUUUCUGUUCAGGAAUCAUUUACAGACAUCAGAAUCUGUUCAUUAAAAUAACCAUUCAUAAGUAUUCACUGAUCAGUUUGGAUCAACAGUUCCCAGCUCAUUGGUUGUUCGCAAGCAGUUCAUUCAGACUAGUCAGUAUUCGAUAUUUGUAAGUUGUGACUGACCACCCAAGUCACAUGAUAUUGUUUCUGCUUCUGGGGGGAAAUUUUGUAAACAAGAAGAUAACAAAUGAUCCAUGAUGUCAAUUUUCAGACCAAUAAUCUGGAAAUUCAUGAAACCUUCACAAUUUGCAAAUAUUUUUUUACAUUCAAUUCAGUACGUCUAUUCGCUAAACUCUUUGUGACUAAAUGUUUUUUAAAUAUUCAACCAGUUCUAACUGCUGUGUAACUCCCACAGUGCUCCCACAUUUACCCAUGGAUAUAGCCUGCCUGUAAUCAUGUAAUUAGUUCUCCUAUAUUUUCCUGUUUAGCUUUUGAUUUGCUGUGAAAUGUGAUGAUU